AUGUUUGCCAGAGAAUUCGAAGAUCCAUUAGGGAGACACAUAUUGGCCCAAUACCCAGGCUCAAAAUCUCCCAAUCAGCUCGCACCGGCUCUCAGUAUAAAUCAUGCCCAACGGAAGACCCUACAGUUCGAUGUGGACAAGAUUCUGAAUGACUAUUCGAAUCCGCCUGGUCAGAAUCAAGAUGACACCCCCAAGGUGUUACGAGCAUUCCUCAAAUACUUGUGCGAAGAUGCAAAAACACUCUUAAUGCAAGAGAUCAAACAGUUCAACGGAAACACAUCAUUAAGGCAGCUCCGCAAUUCCCUCGUCGACUCAAUAUUAAAGAGUAUGCUAAUAGCUGGCGGCAAACAACCUAAAUCACUUACACCGUCCCCCAUCGUGAUCCCUGGCUUAACUGCAGAGGAAAGUCAAAAUCAACCAGAGCUGAGGAGCGACCACAUUGCUGUCAAACAAGCAUGCUUGGCAAGAGACGGUCACCGCUGUGUUCUCACCGGCAUGGUCGAACGACUUCAUUUCAUGAGUAUACCGCCACAAAACCGCGGAGAUCUACGGUCUUGCACAACCGAAUGUGCACAUAUCAUUCCCUUUGCUUUAAGCAAGCUUAACCCGAAUUCUACCCAGGAGGCCGAAACCAAGGCCCAGGUUUGGAGGGCGAUUUACCGCUACUUUCCCUUCGUCGUAGGGAAAAUCGGGCCCGAAAAUAUCAACGCUCCCGAAAAUGCUAUAACUCUGAGGUCAGAGGCUCAUAUGGAAUUCGCCGCACAUCGUAUUGCCGCUGAACCUACGAAUACGGAACACAAAUACCAUGUCCAUGAUCUCGGCGCUGUUUAUUCCGUAGCUCGAGAUUUAUCGAAAACUAUCACUAUAACACAGUCAGACCCAGCAGUUGCGAUGCCAGAUCCCGAUCUCCUUAGGUUACACUACCAAAUAUCGAUGAUCUUGCAGGAGAGUGGUAUUCGAGAGAGAUAUGAGAGGACCAUAUGGGAAAAUGAAGAUAACUUAAUCCAAAACAUUCAACCUGAUGGCUCCACAGAUCUAGAGAAUAUCCUGUCCAGCAAAAUGCUAAUAGAUAUCUAG